UCAAAAUGUCGGCCACUGACUUGGUGCCGACUAUGGAUGAGAAUGAAAAGAAAAUUGUGAAUGAGUUUUGUCACCUUCUUGAGAAAUCUAAACAGUUAUUCAAUGGCCUUAGAGACCUCCCUCAGUAUGGACAUAAACAGUGGCAGUCAUAUUUUGGUAGAACAUUUGAUGUAUAUACAAAACUUUGGAAAUUUCAGCAGCAGCACAGACAAAUAUUAGAUACUAAGUAUGGUUUGAAGAGAUGGCAGAUUGGAGAAGUGGCAUCAAAGAUAGGGCAGCUUUAUUAUCACUAUUAUUUAAGAACAAGUGAAACUAACUAUUUAAAUGAGGCCUUUAGUUUUUACUCUGCCAUUAGGAAUAGAGGAUAUUAUUCAAAAGCUAAUAAAGAAGAGAGAUCUGACUUGAUGGUGAAAAAACUAAGAUUUUAUGCCAGAUUUAUAGUUGUAUGUUUGUUGCUGAAAAGAAUGAAACUGGUUAAAGAUUUAGUAAAGGAAUUACAAGCACAGAUAGAAGACUACACAUUAACAUAUGAACCAGAAGAUCAAAUGGAAUGGACCUUAGUAGUGGGAGAAAUCAAUGCAUUUUUAGAAUCGGACAAUUUAAUAGACAUCCAUGAUGUGGACCCAAACUAUUUCUUGUUGUCACACAGACUAACACCAUUAAACACACCCCCAUUAGACAAAAGUACACCAGUGUAUUUAGCAUUACAAGAAAUUAUCAUCGUGGGAAAUACAGCAGAUCAGGUGAAGUUUAGUGAAUUGACACUUGAUAUGUUCAGGGUGCUACAGACAUUAGAAAGAGAACCACAAGAAGAUUUUACAGGAACCCAGAUAUAUGAUGCUUCUCCUGCUCCUGGUAGACCACCAUUUGAAAAUGGUGACAAAAAUUCCAAGAGAGAUAACCCACACAAAUAUUUAUUGUACAAACCAACAUAUAGUCAAAUGAAUACAUUUCUAGCCUCUGGUUUUAAAGAACUCCCUCCAAAUGGUGCCAUGUUAUUAUAUUUGUCUGCAGAUGGUAGUUUAGGUAAUGCCAAGCACACUGAUGAUGCUGCCUAUGAUUUAGGAGGUGUGAUAUGUAACAGUAGAAAAGAUGCUGAUAUUAUCAAUAAAAACAGAAGACCAGGAAUGUUGAAAGAAUCCAACUGUUUACAUCCAGGAGAUCUAUAUCCUUACACAAGAAAACCAUUAUUUCUAAUUGUUGAUAGUGACAACAGCUCUGCAUUCCAGAAUUUUCCAAAUUUGUUCGGACAGCCAGUUGUGUGCUUUCUAUCACCAGAACAGGUCCCUCAUGCCAUGCAAGCUGUUAAUCAACCUAUUAUAGAUCAAAACCAGAAAGGAAAAUUGUUUACCUUGUUUUUACAUUCCCCAUUGAUGGCAUUCUGUCUAGUAUGUAACUAUAUGUCAAUAUCGAUAGCAACAUGGGACAAAUGUCAGGCUCAAGUCAACAAGUUUAUGGCAGAAGCUUCAAAACUAUUUGUUAAGUCUAGGUCAAUAGAUCAUGCCUACAUACAGUUUCUUGGAGAUGACUUUUUACGGCUCAUCAUGUUGAGAUUUGUGUUUUGUUAUAUUGUUCUCAUCUUACACAGAGGCUUUAAAGGGCCCAGCUACUACCCAAUGUCUCAUCCCCCAUUGCCUACAGAAGAGAUACUGGAACACCCUGUGUUAUGUAAGAUUGUGCUUGAACUUUCUACAUUAUUGGACUGUAGACAUGUAAUGUCAGAGCCUGGUGAAGUUGACAUUCACUCGACAACAUAACCAUGAUCUGAUGUUUUACACAACGUUUUGUUACAUUCCAUGUCUUCUUUAAACAUUUUGUCUCAAAUUAUACUGUAAGCUACUUUAUUUUUGUAGACAGAAUUAUAGAAAAGAUUUUUUGUAAAUUCAUAAUAUAAUUGUCAAAGUUAGGUUGAAGUUUUGAGUACUUUCAAAUUUAGAAAGUUUAAAGGACAAAGUAUAGCUAAAGUUUUGAAUUUGUUGACAAGGCUUGUUUGUAUGAUGGUUAGCAUUUUUACGAAAAUGAAUUAGCUUGCAGUAUGUAUUAAGCUUUCAAAUGAGAUUUUUUAGGAUUUAAGCAUGAAUGUAGAUGAGUUGUAAUAGAUAUUAUUUUUGUGCCAUUUUUAGAUUUUUUUUAUACUUCACAAGCAUUUGUUUUAUUAUUUUGCAUUAGACCAAAGAUUGGAAGUUUCUGAAAUUAUCAUGCAAGAAUUUUCAAAUGAAAUGGUUAUGCUGUAACAUUUUAGUAUAGAUAAUGGAUGUAUUUUAAUGUUCAGAAUCAUUGGGCAUUAAGUAAUAAAUGCUUUUUAUUGCAUGUUUUUUUUUCUAAGUUUCUGAAGAAUAAAAAAUUCUUAACAAAGAUUUUUUUUGUAUUUCUGUAGAUAUAUUUAUUUUUCUUGGAUACCAAUUUUUGCUGAUUGAGAAAAAAAUGUAUUUUUGUGUAUAUUUGAUUCAUGGUUUUGCCAAAGUCUGCAUAAAAACGUACUGAAAAUUUGUAGUGGAACAUUUAAAUUCUUGGUUUACAAUUACCCAUGAAAUCCACGAAUAAUAAUGAAUCCACGGUAUAUUAUUUGGCCAGUGAUAUUCCAUAUAAAGAAACCAAAUGAUUUUAACCUUAGAAUUAUGCAAUAAGACAUAAUGAACGAUAUUGGGAUGAUAUUAUUUAAUCGUCAGAAUAAAGCAAAUUACAAAAUUUUGAAUUCAGAUAGACAUAUGUAGAAUUUUUCCAUUUAAAAGAGGCAGUACAUUGGAAUAGAAGAUGAGGCCUUGAUUUUGAUGUUCUGGCUUUGUAAGAAUUUUAAAAAACUAAUCCAAGAAUUCAAAUGUAGAAAAAUAUACAAUGAGUGACAAUAAAACAUUAAUUCACAAAUGUGCAUACCCGGUAGCGCAUUAGUUAAUUAUCAGUGUUGUUCUGGCACAAGUUGAAUUAUUUUCUACAUAAGUAGAUUAGUUAUUCUUUUUUGUUAAAUUGACCAUGAACUUUUUUAUGGAAAUAAAGUAGAAAAUACAAGGAAGUUUAUCGUUUUCUGUACAUUUUCCAUUUAUUUUGAAGCAAUGUCAUUGUCAUUGUCUUGUCAACUCCCAUUGUUGCAUGGCUUCAGAUGAUUGAAAAUAUACAUUUUUAUUUUACUGGAAAAUCACGUUAUUUUCAUUGCACCAAUGUAUUAAUUUUAGAUUUAUGACUUGUUCAACUUAUCAAGAACUGUUGAAUGCUAUGUCAAAGAAAUUUGAUAUUCUUUUUCAAUUUAUAUAAUAGAAUUAGUAGACCUUAAUAACAUUUCCAAUAUCAUUCCAUGUCUUUUGAAUUUAUUACACUGUCAAAUCAUAUAGUUUUUUUGUUUAGUGAGUUAUGAAGUUGGAUAUUACAUUACAUUUUCUUUUACUGCAACUCCCAAAACUGUAAAAGUUAGCUGGAUCAUAUGUCACUGUCCUCAAAAUUUCUUAAUUCAAUUUGACUGUAAAGUAGGUUAAACAUGCCUAAGUUUAUUUAAUACAAUACAUUAGUAAAAAAAAGUACAAUAACUUUUUAUCAUUAGAUUUAAUUAAAUUUUAGAGGAAUGUUUACCUCUUAAAACAGAUUUAAUACUCACAAUUGAAGAAAUCCACCAUUUUAUUAAAUUGUAUAUUUAGAUUAGAUUUUAUGAUGCUUGACUAUCAGAAUAUAUUAUUAUCAAAUUCUAGUGUAAAGAUAGAAAGUAUGAAUACUGAUACUGACAGGGAGUUUUUGUAAUGUAAACAAAAAAGUUGUACAUCGACAUUAAAAAGUUCACUCUUUUUAAUAUUGUUGAUGGACAUAAGAAAGACAAAAUCUUAAAAUAAAUUCUCAAAUAUGUGCAGAAUGGUAACACAUAAGCACUUGUUUCAGUUAUACUGUAAAUUCAGAAAUUUUUGCAUGCAUUUGUUAUUACGAUUAUUGAAAAAUGAACAAAAAUGUGAGAUUUAUUAUAGCGAUUUCGGGUAAUACUGCAACAGGUAACAAAAAUGUUGUUGCUGCCUAAUAAAACUUGAAUUGCAAUUUUUUUCAAAAACAAAAACAUUGCAAACAUUUCUGAUUUUACAGUUCUUAUUCAAUACUUAGUUGUUAAUUGGUAAAGAUUAACUUUUUUUUGUUUGAAGAAUUUCUUAGAGAACCUCUUGACCUCAUGAAACCUACUUAGAAUAAUCCAUUGAAGUUUUAUUAUUAUUAUGUGAUAUUUUGUUUUAGUUUUUACAUUAUUUUUUUUAUUUUUAUAUUUUAGCUUUAUGUGUGCAAAUGUCAAAAGGUAUAUGUUUUACCUUUUCUAGAAAAUUAUCUGUCAUUGGUUUAAGGUGGUACAUAACACUACAGGGAGAUAACUCUGUAAAAAUCGGCUGAACGUUUUAAUCAAGUUCUAUUGUUAAGGAAAUAUUAAGCUUCUCAAUGAUCAAAAUUAGUGUUUGUCAAACUGCUAUACAAUGUAUAUCCAAUGAAAUUUUUCAGAUAAAGUGUGUGGUUCAAGUUUUUUGAAAUUUUUAUAUUUUUGUCAAAGGGUCAAAGUUAAUAUUUUGUCAAAAUUUUAUGAAAAUUAAAAGAGCCAAAUUAAUUUUAGUCGAGGUGUUUGGUACCACCUUAAGUUUGAACAUUAUUAUUUCAUUUAAAUAUUUUUUUUCUCCAUUUUGUUUAUAUUUAAUACUUUAUUUUUUUUCUUUCAAAGACAAUUUCAUUUAUACCAAUUCCCUAUUUUGAUAGCUAUCUUUUGUUGGAACGCACUUUGAAAUAAGUUUUCAUUUAUCUCAAUUCCUCAUUUUGUAAGUUACCUGUCUUUGGUACCAGCUUUGAAAUACGAUUUCAAUUAUCUCAGUACGCUAUUUUGUUAGUUCCCAUUUUUUGGUACCUGCAUAAGGCACUGACAUUGAAUGUAAGAUAAACUUCUCAAAAAGUGCUAACUAGAAAGGUUUUAUUUGUUUUCCCACUUGCUAGAUGGAUAGGUAUUAUUGUUAUUAUUAUUUGUCACAACAAAAUUUUCUUACUAAGAAUACACAGUAGUUUUGAGAAUUCCUAUAACCCAGAAUAGCUGACUAUUUAUAGGUUUUUACUAACAUUUUACAAUUUUUUCUUUUUUCCUUUGAUAAUUUACUGAGUUUGAUAUAGUUUGAUUAUAUUUUUGUCAGUGUUAUAACCUGUGUUCCUUUGUGAUAUUUUUAUUAGUAUUUAUUUUAUUUAAGUUUGAAAAUCAAAACCUUCAUGUAACAAGAAAUUCCAUUUAAAUCCUCUGAUUGAUAGAGAGGUCUAAAUUUUCAUUACUAAAGCAUGUGUCUGAUGGUAGGCUUGUGAAGUCCACUGUCAAACAUUAUCAACCCAGUUUUAAUUGUAAAGAAACAUGGUAUCCAGGAAAGGCUAGAUACAUUCUUUUUUGAACCAAAUGUAGAAAUAUUGAGAUAAUUUUUCAUAAAGUCUGUUAAUUAUUUUUGACAAAGUGUAUAAAUUUUAAAUCCCUGUAUGUGAAGAAACAGGGUAUCCAGGGCAUAAUCUUUUUAUUGGCCAAAGGUAGAAAUAUUGAGAUCCUCAUUUCUCAUAAGUCCCCUAAAUAUUUUUGACACAGUAUAUGAAUUUUAAAUUGCCAUUCUUGUGUGAUAUAUUAAUUCUUAUGUUUCAAAAUAAGGUUUAUUUUCUGAGCCUAAUCAGAAAGAAAUAAAAUUAUUGAACAUAUGUAUUUAGAUUUAAGUGAGAAUAGUUACCCAUUACUCAGUUUUCAAAUAAUUGAAAGUAAAUAAUGGGGUCUAGUGGCCAUUUUUGGUCUAUUUACAAUAGAGGUCUGUCGGAAUAUAUGUGUAAUAAACUAUGAUUAAUUGCUUGCCACUGUAGUAGUUUUCUAGUCACAUGAUAUAGAUGUAAUAUUUUAUUUAUAUGUAAUUUGUUUCUUUGUUAAAAAUUAAAAUUAGAUUUGUUGAAAGAAACGGAAAAUUGCUUUGGACAAGAUACUUAUUUAAGUCAAAUAUCCUUAGGAAAAAGAAAUGGGAUAUUUGUUUUGUUUUCUUGAUAGUGAAACAAACUGGUUGAUUCCCAGUGAAAUCCAGUUUAAUUUUCUGAUAAGCUUUUGUUCAAAAGUUGUCUUUCCUGGCUAAGUUAGCAGAUUUCUUUGAGCAAAAAAUGAACUUACAUUUAUUGGGUACAGCAAAGGAAAUAAAAUAAUAGAAUUCAAAAAAAGAAAGAUUAAAACAUUAGAACAUGUUAUAUUGACUAUCAGUAACUAAAGUCCUCAAAUAAAAUUAUGACAGAACUUACUUAGACAAGCUUAAUACUUGAAGGUAAAGCACAUAGUUAUUUAAGAAUUUCAUUAGUUUUGGAGGAUAAAAAAGUUUUGAAUAUAUCUUGCCAUACUUGCAAGAUUCAAAUUUUCAAUCUUGUGAUAUCAGGAUACAAGAUUUAGAAAUUUGAUUUUGUCAAAAAUAAUGUUUGCCAGGACAUUUGAAUACAGUAAAACUACAACAAUCCUACAUGUACUUCAUGCAUUCCUUAAUCAUCAUAUUAUUCACUUAUUCAAUAUUUCAUAACAAAUUUAUCAAUUUCCAUAGAUACUAGUUAUAUGUCUGGUGUGAAAUUAUUAUAUACAAGAGAUUGUAGGAUCAAAGCAACAUUGAAAUAUUGGAACAAUUUAACAAAAUUACCAAAUGGAUUUUAUGAUCUGAUAUAUUAGUUUGUUUGUUUGUUUCUAUGUUAUUGUUUAUUGCAAGCAGAAAAACUUGUUAUUUAUUUUUGUUUUUAGCUAUGAAUUGUGAUUUAUUUUACAUGUUGAGCGUAAGCUCAUAUUGUCAUUUAUAUAAUUACAUGCACAAAAAACAAUCAAAAAAGAUACAAGGCUUUUUGUUUUCCUUUAUGAAAUUAAAUAGUUUUGUAAAUGC